AGACCCGGCGGGAGGCUGAAUGGCUCCCGUUCUGUGUGGAAAGCUUGUGGUCUCUAAGUGUAUUUAGUGAUUGAGAUCCUGAAAUUAUUUUUUGCCUCUGAAAGUUGGAGAAUGUUCAAGAAUCAGUAUCAGGGUGGCCCAUUUGUGGAAAUAUUCAGUGCUCAAGGCAAGAACCCAGGAGCAAAGUGGAAGAUUCUUGGUAAUCCAUCAGCUAUAAGGAAAGAGUAUGAUAAAGAAGUAAAAGGCUUUGUGUUUGUUCUUGAAGGAAGCAGUCAAAUCAACAAAAUGCAGCUACCAAAGAAAACUAGACAAACUUUGGGACUGGUCCAGCAAUUCCUGACACUUCAGAUUUUUGUACCACUGGGACAAGACUUCUCCACUGAGUUACUGAUAACUGAUUUAGGAAAUAUUAAAAGAAGACUGUAUUUAUCAACAGUCUACAAGGAGCUGUCAGUAACUCCUCUGCAUGCAAAAAUCCCUCUCUUUAUGAUCAAGCGCAAAAUAUGGUGCAAUAUGUGUAUUGACUUGGUAGCAUUCACCAGUGAAAUAUUCAGAGGAGCUGUCUUCCAGUCUUUGGAUGGAAUUACAGUUUCAGCUAACUGUAAACUGAGAAAGAUCUUCACUUUAAAAUCCAAACCUCAAGAUACAGCUGAGGAAGAUGAUAUGCAUGUUGUUCCAUUUAUGCCAUAUGAGCCCACAGCUGUUAUUCCUCAAACCUGCCAGCUCCAUACAGAUGUGCCACAAGUUACACAACUGCUGAACCUGACAAAAGUUCAGAAGCCAGAAAUUAAAAGCAGGAGAUACCCAGGAAGAGUGAAAGAAACAGGUAGCUUGGAUGAUAGACCUCAUGGCACUACACGCAGCAGUAGAACUCAGGAUGUAUCACAUAUUGCAUUCGGAUCAAAGAUCCUUGGGCCACCUCCCUCUUCAAACAGAAGAGUCAGUACAAAGGCAUCUGGAGAGGUAAAAAAGACUUGGAGUAGCAGAAGUAGUAGAUCAUGCCAACUUCAAAGUUCAGGAAAGGGAAUUAUAUCUGUACCAGACACUGAGAGACUGGAGCUGUCACUCUCGCCAUGCGAUGAUUCUUUAGAUCAAGGAGGCAAAAGAAAUACUUGCCAAGCAACUGAAGACAUGUGUCAAAAUGACCCUGCGAUUCAAACUCAGAAAACCUCUGAGAGUGAAGGAGCAGAUUUUCAGCUCAUCUCACCACAAGGACCAUCAGCAGAAAAGAACAGUCAUAGAUUAUCUCCAAACAAUGCAGGCAAAAGCACAUGGGAGAUAAUCAGUGAUGAAUGGGAUUUCCCAGAAAGUUUCACUGAGAAGAUUCAGUUGGAUAGGAGUGAGCAGUUUGUAGCUAUUGAAGAUUCAACCUGUCACAGCUUUACCUCACCACAGAAUGCCUCUGUUGAACACUACAGCAAUGAAACAGAUGCUCACCAAGUGGAUAAUAAAGAGAUUUUCACAUUUUCAUCAAGGCCUCGAUCAGCUCCUCGUGGGAAGUCUCCAAAUACGUCACCAGAAUGUAGCAUUUUCCCUUUGGAUUUGAAUCAAGACAUUAAUGGAGUACCUGGGAAAACUCAAAUUGAAGAUAACUUUGAAGGAUUAGACAGCAGUGAAGAGGAUGACAACAAUGAAUUCAUCCAGGGUACUGAGAACUUUGAGAUCUGCCACAGCAGAGAAGGAACAUCUGAAUCAGCAGUUUCUGGAGAGAUCCCAUUAAAGAGUAUGUCAUGGAGAGAUGAAUACUGGAAGAAUAAGGGAGACAAGGAGCAUAACUUUGAAGAGACCAUCUUACCAAAACCACAGAGUACCACUGAGAGAACAAGAGAUUCUGCAAGCUCACAGAGAAGCUUAAAGCCUACCCUUUCUCAUUCUCCAACUGGAAGUAAAUCUGAAUUCUUUAAAGUAAUUUCAAACGGAUCUGAAAAAACUGAAAGAUAUCAAGGAGUUUCUGGUCAAUUAAAAAGAUCCAUCAAUAAAAAAUCUCUGAAGAAAAUGUCAAGAGAAAAUUCAUGCCUGACAACACAGACUCAGGAGUAUGAAUGGGAAGGCUACCAGUCCAAUAGACUGAGCUCAUCUGAACUACAGAUGCUGGCUAGCAUGAAGAGACAACAAAAUGAAGAAUUGAGGGAUACUGAGAUCUCACAUGGGCUGAGUGCAUCCCAGAUAGACAACUGCAAUGUUAGCAUAAGUACAAGCAGUGAUGAUACAGCAACCUGGAACUCUUGUUUCCCACCACCCAUCAGUCAGGAGCAUCACUAUCAGAAAGAAAUGAGCCCACUUUCUCAUGCUAACCCACGGGACUGGUUGAACGUUUUCAGUCCCCCCAUCAUUCCUGGAAGCAACCAACUGGAAGGGCACACUGAAUCUUUGGCAAAUCAGAGUAUUCCAGGUGAAGAUGACCUCAGUGCUGAAGAAGAUGAGGAAUUUUUGACUCUUUUGUAUGAUCCAUGUCUGAACUGCUACUUUGAUCCAAAUUCUGGGAAGUACUAUGAGCUGGCAUAGUCCAAUCAUGAGAGAAUAUCAUUGUGUCUUCAGAGCAGGUUUAUCAUUUACUAAAGCGUGCUGAACUG